AUGAAUGACGAAUACAAAGAUAACUUAAAGGAAGAGAACAUUUUGACUGAGGAUGGUUCUUCACAGAUCAGGCUACCCGAUACUGACACAGAUCAAUUUUUAAAUAGCUUAGUGUUGCAAACAGAAAAUGAAAGCUCAUUGCCAAUUCCCGAAGAUGUAAACGAUACUAUAAAUGAUACACCCAGUAAAAACAUUAUGCUAGAUGACAUUUAUAUUGAUAUACCAGAAGCGAAUAUUGAAGAACAAUUGGAGAAUAAAGCUGACACAGUUAAUCUAAAUGAAGAAUUGGAGAAUAAAGAUGACACAGCCUAUCUAAAUAAACAAUUGGAGAAUAAAGACAAAACAGCCAACCUAAAUGAACAAUCCGAAAAUAAAGAUGACAUAACCUAUCUAAAUGAACAAUUGGAGAAUAAAGAUGAUACAGCCAAUGUAAAUGAUCAAUUGGUGAAUAAAGAUGACACUGCCAAUAUAAAUGUGAGUGAGAAAUCUCAAAUAAUUUCUGAAGAACAAGAUGAGGACAAUAACAAAAAAGUAAAGUUUUCAGAUAUAGAUAUGGGAACUAGAGGACAACUAGAAAUUCACAGUGACACACAUUUGUUAGAUGUGAAUAUUGAUAAAGAGAAAGAACAAGUAUCAUGGAAAGCUUCAGCUGAUAACAUAAAAUCAAGUAUAAUUUUUGCACCGCCGAAUGAAAAUUUGCUAAGUGAUGCAGACGAAUCUUGGCCUGAAAACAUACCGUCGCCUGUAUUAAGACCUAGUGAAAGUAUCAGUCGAUCAGUAACGUCUCUAGGUAGAAUAUUAGAAACUGAAGAAAAGUUUCUUAUAUCGUCUGAAUCGGAUGACGUACCAAAAAAUUACAAAGAAAAAGUUGAUCAGAAAAUUAGGAAUACAAUAGAAUCGCUUAAAACAAAUGGAUUAAAUCAAACGUACGAAAAUAAAGAAACUGACGAUAAAAUUACAAAAAAGAAAAGAAAACAUGAAUCGAAAGAAAAAACUACAGAAGGACUACAAAAAAGUAGUUUUUCCCGCGAUUCUAAAAAGUUAGCUGGUACCAAAAAGGCUUCCCCGCCUAAAACUACCGGAAAAAUUGAGAGACCCAAGGAACUUCCAAAAGUAGACAAUAAAAAACAUCUUUACAAAUAUAGUGCUUAUAAUAACGAAGUUACUCAAAAUAAACUAAAUAAACCUGCCUAUAAACAGCAACCGCAUGAAGAUAGCCACAUUGAGCGGGCUAAAAGCAACAAGGAAACCUCUAGAAAUCAAGGAAAGCAACACAAGCGAGACUAUAAAGUAAAUGAAGCAACAGCACCAAAUUGGCUAAAGCAUAAGCGUGCCGAUGUACACGAAGAUCUAACGUUCGGCAUGAAUCAAUACGAAAUCCGAAAAUGGUGUAAAGACUUAGACCGCGAAUUCGGCAGAUUUGAAAUCUGGAAUGAUUGGCUGAAAUGCAUGUCAAGAAAUUUUAUAAAUUUGCAUCAAAGCCAAGCUCUCUCUAGACGAGUAACUCGAUGUGAUUUUAAACGCUGGAUUAAAUUUCAAAGAAACUUGGAUAAAAAUGUGUGUACAUGGGCAAAGUUACAUCGCCGCACUCAACAUAGGCUCAAUCAAACUAUUUAUAUUUGUGUAAAGCCAUCCGAGAUUGCGAGUCCGAAACGGUAUCCUAGUCCCUGUUUAGGCAGAAGCCCAAAGAAAUCACCGCCAAGUCCACAUUGCAGCACAUACAGGAAAUACUUUUAGUGCUAAAUUAGAG